GAGCAGAGGCCGCAAGGCUUCAUUGUGGUGUGAUCUAUCGUCCAGGAGCAAAAAUGUCAUGAUGUUAUCGAGGUAAUGGAAGUUGCCGCGUUCCUUUUUAGCCAAAUUGUCAUGUGUGAGGUUUCGAAGCAAUCGUGCACAGGUGCGUAAAAUGCCACCCACCCGCCAAAACAACAAGGGCGGCCUUGCAACAGCCAAACCCACGCUAUUAGAAUCGACCAAAAGACGGCCCGAGAAAGAAGUUCGAUAGGCGAGAGCGUAAGUAUGUGGAGGCGCCAUCUCUUCCCUCCCUCGAAGGACGGUCGAGACCGUGGGAAAAGGUGGGGUCGUUUUCUUGAUCAUGUAUUGAUGUAGACUAGACUUUUUCAGUGCUGUCGACUGUCCUAUGGCACACUGGUUUUUUUUCCCCUCGUGCUUUUGCGCGCGUAAUGGGGUGUUUUUGCUUUUUAUUUGUUCCCGCGCAAUUAUUUAAGGUUUCAAGAAGGGGAUGGUUGGCGGGUCUGAGUGAGGGGAGGGGGGUUGUUCUGGUGGUCGGGCUUUCUUCCGGAUGGCUGGUCGCAGCCUUGUGUGUGGGCGGGAAGAUGGUGGAUAUGUUGCUGAAGGGCAGACGACUGAUCAGGCUGGUGCUAGAGGGGUGAGCCGAAUGAUCUGAGUGGGUGGAGAAAAGAGAGGGUAUUGGGACAUGGAAUAGCAUGUCUCCUGACAGGCUCCUGUAAUGUAUGGAGGCCUCC